AUGGCCACGGCCGUCGACGAGUCCUCGCCGCUACUCCCUUCGCAUUCCUCACCGAAUAGAGGGUCAACGUCACGAGCUGCUGCUGCUCUUAGGCCGCAGCGCACUGUGACCUUCAAUCCUCUGACUUCUGUUCAGACGCAAUCUGGCGCGAGCGCUGCUGGCUCUCUGAGACCCAUGCAAAGCCCUUCAUCGGCGCUGAGCAGUGCCGCAGCUGGCCGGGCUAAGGAACCCAUGCUCAGCGCUUUCAACUCGAAGUUGCGAAGGAGAAAUAGCCAUGGAUCGCCCUUACCCACAACACAACACCCUCAGAAUUCCAUACCCCGUCCCGGCGCACAACGAACUACCAAGAACAUCGAGAAGCUCAAGAUCCUGCCUAAUCCCGACAUUGGCGACGAAGGUCCAGACGAAGAAAGUGGCCGCGAUGUCUAUUCGCAAUUCACCCGCAUCAAAGACCCGAAUGCUCGGCGGGAUGCUGCGCGCCUCGGAAAGGCGGAUCGUGAACGGCUCCCGCGUGUGACCGCCUAUUGUGUGGCACAAGGCUACCGCUUGGAGGGCAUCAUGAAGUUCAUGAAGAGCCGGAACAGAACGCGCGGCGCCAACCCCAAGCUUUUCGACGAAUGUGUGUACAGUACCUACAACUACGAUCACAUCAAGAAAAACCAAAUACAAAGAUCGGAACGAAGUCAAAGCUCUGUUGAACGUCGGUCGAGUCCCGUUCAAGAACGUCUGGCUCGGAUGAUGCGACAUAGUCCCCGCCUGCAGCCCGGCGAGCGCCGCUAUUCGGAUUCUGCUGUCGAGGUCGAUGACAAUCAGAUGCACCGGCGCGAAGAUCUCAUCGAUCUGCACAACGAGAUGGGUCCGCCGAUUGUGAAUGAAGCUGGCGAUGUAGCUGUUGUACCGGAUGCCAUGUCCGCCGACACCAUGCAGCUGAUGCCCGAUGAAAUACCCCCUCAAGCAAUGCACCACCAAAAUACUCCCGAGUUCUCCACCGAGGUAUUGGCCCCGGAGAUCUUCAUCUUCGACUACGGGGUCGUUGUCAUCUGGGGCAUGACUCUGGCGCAAGAACAGCGGUUCCUCAAUGACAUGGCCAAAUUUUCCGACGCGCCGUUACCCCAGGAGUCGGUUCAGACCGAGAACUUCAAUUUCUACUACACCCAAGAAUACCAAGCGAGAAUCUACAACGAUUUCAUCAGUCUCAGAGAUCCACGCGGACACAUGACCAAGCUGGCGAUCUCGCAUGCCCUCUCGCAAAGCGUCAAGACGAGUCUGUUCGAGGAUCUGGUGUCCGAGACGAUUGAGACGACAAGUCCAUUGCCCGCCGUCAUUGCGCAGACGGGGACGGUGAAUUUGACGAGAAGACAACUCAAUAUGCAGAUUGGUGAGCUCUUUAUUCUAAGGAUCAACAUCCAUCUGCAGGGCAGCGUGCUCGAUAGCCCGGAGUUGAUGUGGGCGGAGCCGCAUUUGGAGCCCGUGUAUGCGGCGGUCAGAAGCUACUUGGAGAUCGAUCAAAGAGUCGGCCUUUUGACGGAGCGGUUAGAUGUCAUUGCUGAUCUGCUGGCGGUGUUGAGAGAGCAGGGAAGUCGGAGGCACGGGGAGGUUUUGGAGUGGAUUGUGAUCGUCCUCAUCGCUGCGGAAAUCUUGGUGGCGUAA